UUCAAAUGAAUUGCGAGUCGAAACCUGCGCACGCGCUGGUUCAAGUGGAGAUUUUCAAUUCUUCAAAGAAAUUGUUUAUAAUUUCAACUGCAGAAUUGAAUUAUCUGUAUUAAAUAAUUAUUCAGGCCGGUUCAAUUAAUUGUGUAUAAACUCCAGAUUUAUUUUCAUUUAUUCCAUGAAUUUCUGGUUGAUGAAGACGUCCUGGGGCUAGACCUAACCUCGAGAAUAAAUUUCCAGCUCUCCAGAUGAUUGACAUCCUGGAAAAUUGAUUCCCGUCCCUAGGAAAUCGUCGGAUUAAUUAUUAACGAGUUGAUGGCGAUUUGUAAUUGAAUUUCGAGUUCAUCUGUGAAAGAGUUAAAAUCGAUAGUCAGUGGGGAUUAAGGUGAAUAAAUUUCCAGAGGAUUCAUCAGGUACUGGAGUGAAUUUAUGGCUUGCAAGAGGGCUAGGGUGUACCUGGGGUUCGAGGAUGAAUUCGUCACCGAGAAGCAUCGAACCCUUGUGAAUUUCGCGACGAAUAAAAUAGGGGGAAAGGCGGAUUUUCCAACGACUGAGACUUCCCUGACACCUCCAGGAUGUCGUCUCUGCGGUUUGAAUCAACUUCUGGCACUUCAAUUGUACGCCCCUCUGGAGGGAUCUCGUUAUCACAGGACUCUGUACAUCUUUACGUGCAUAAAUCCCAACUGCUGGAGCCAGCAGGACAGCUGGACAUGUGUGCGUGUCCAGUUACUCGAGGAGAAGAGUAUGAAAGGAUGUGAGACAGUGCCAGUGGCAACACCACCAACCACCAGCUGGUUGUCAGGUGCUGAUGACUGGGGUGACGAUGGGAAUGACAAUAAUUCAGAGCAGAAUGGCAACAACAUGAACGACUCGACAAAAUUAAAUUUGUUGAUGAAUACCGGGGACAUCGACGAUGAAUUGAGGGAUGACCUGUCGAAUCUGAGGGUCGACGAUCCCAAUGCCAACAGCCCAGCGAGUGUUGAGUCUCCAGUGGGAGGAGGAGCUGUUGGAAGACUGGAUUCACCUCAGGCAUCAGCAGAGAUCGAGGGAGAGGAGUCAGAGGUGGUGUGCAUUGACACCCCGACCCAGCCCCAGUGCAACUUGAUGGAUCUUCUCCAGGAAGUAACUCACAAUCCUUUCCAGCAUCACGAUCCCAAUACUCCAGUGAAUCUAGCGUUCACUGAGAUAUUCCUGUGGGUGGAGGAGGAGGACCUCUCUGUGGACAUCACCCAGCACGAGAGGGAUCUCGCCAGAGAGUACCAGAUGCAUCACCCGGAGUCCGAGGGCUCUGAGGAUGUAAGAGCAGUGGAUACAAAUCCAGAAGUUUAUGAGAAGAGUGUACCCAAGCAUGGGGACGAGAUGUUUCAUCACUUCAAGUGUAGAAUACAGAAGAAUCCUGGACAGCUCAUCAGGUACUCCAGGGAUAAUUCUGCUGCACUCCUUCUGAAUCCUCUGAGCUCCUCUGGAUUCUGCAGACACUGUGGGGCUGAGAGGAUUUUCGAAGUUCAAGUUCUUCCAACAAUCAUUCCAAAACUCAAACUCACUCCGAUGACUGAUCACCACUUCCAGCUGGAAUUUGGAACUGUUUUAAUUUUCACGUGCUCCAGGAGCUGCUGGACCUCCAGCGAUGAGUUCAAGGAGGAGCACGUGGUCGUCCAGGCUGAGAGAUUAUAAUUUAAUUGUGUAAUUUAAAAAGAAUUUCAGCAUUCCAGAAUUUAGAACUUCCAGGAAUUCUUUUCAUUCGCAUUAGUCCGUCCGAUAGACGCAUUUGCUUUUCAAAGUGGCCCGACGGAAAUGGAGGAUUAUCUCGGGAGGGAGUGGAUUUAGAGGGAAAUGCCUGAGGAAAUAUUUGUAGCUGAGAAAAUUCUACACAGAAAAGUCCUCGGGCAGUUUAGCCUCAGUCCAGUCGUUUGAGAGAUUAUUGAGCUGUUCUCACACGUUUUGCCACUUAAUUACGACUAAAGUACAACAGUUGAACUGUUUUAAAUUUAUCAAAAUGAUUACGGGAAUUAAUUAUCUGAUGGGAUUGAAUAAUUUUCGGAUGGGGUUUGACCCCUGGGAUGAUACGAGGCCUGAGAAAUCAAAUUUUACUAGUCAAUAAACGUUUUAUCUCAUCGAACGUUCGAUCCAGUGGAGAGAUGGCGAUUAUCAUGGAAUUAUCUCGGCAGAGAGUGGAUUCUCAGAAAAACCUUGAAGAACUUUUUUGUCGGAAAUUUCGUGGACCACAAAAAAGAUUAUGUGACACUUUUUCCUACGGCUGCUCGUUGCUGAGAUUUUCACCACUUCCUUACUGAUUCCACAGCUCAGUGCAACUCGUCUCGAUUUUUUAGAUGUAAAUAGUAAUAAAUGAGGAGAAAAUCGUCCAAUGUUGUCAUUUACUCAUCUAGGAAUUACCAAUUAUGAAUAAAUCAUUCGAUAGUACAA